CGCUAAAAAUGUUUUUCGUAAUACUGUUAGCACUGGUAGUCGAGCGCCGGCUGCCGAUCUGUACGACACAUUUGGUCGCAAACAUAAUUAUUUACGGAUUUCACUGACCGAGAGAUGUAAUCUCAGGUGUUUAUAUUGUAUGCCAGAGGAAGGCAUAGAGUUGACGGCAAAUGAUCAGCUGUUGACCACCGAUGAGAUCAAACAAAUUAGUGGUCUGUUUGUCAAAACUCUUGGUGUGACUAAAAUACGGCUGACUGGAGGCGAACCGCUUAUUCGUAAGGAUAUCAUCGAUAUUAUCAGACAUUUGUCUGAAUUAAGACCUUUUGGUCUCAAAACAAUUGGUUUGACAACUAAUGGUAUAGUUUUGGAUAGGAUGUGCUCGGACUUAAAGCUCGCAGUCAUUAAGGGGUUCAACGAGUCUGAGAUACCGGCGUUCGUUGAGCUGACCCGGGAUUCACCACUGGAUGUCCGGUUCAUUGAGUACAUGCCCUUUGAUGGGAACCGGUGGGCGUCGCAAAAGAUGGUCACCUAUCAGGAGAUGUUAGCUAUUAUUCGUGAUGUAUAUCCCGGUAUUAGACAACUGGAGCCCAAACUCAAUGAGACUGCGAAGGCUUACAAAGUGGAUGAGUUUAAGGGACAGUUAGGUUUUAUCACAUCCAUGAGCGACAACUUCUGCGGCACCUGUAAUAGGAUUAGGAUUACAGCCGAUGGAAACCUUAAGGUGUGUCUGUUUGGUAGGGAAGAGGUGUCGCUCCGGGAUGCUAUCCGUAUGGGUGUGGAUGAGACACAACUCGUGGCACUCAUAAGGGAUGCCUUAAAUCGUAAACAUAGACAACACGCAGGUGCUCUUGAAAUAGCCAAAACUCCGAACAGACCAAUGAUAAGGAUCGCACCGNUGUCGCUCCGGGAUGCUAUCCGUAUGGGUGUGGAUGAGACACAACUCGUGGCACUCAUAAGGGAUGCCUUAAAUCGUAAACAUAGACAACACGCAGGUGCUCUUGAAAUAGCCAAAACUCCGAACAGACCAAUGAUAAGGAUCGCACCACAUCCCUGGCCACUACAACAUCGGCUACAAGUGCGACAGUACAGCACCGGUACCACUGAUGACCAGUUCACACAUUUAGACCAACGGACAGGCGAUCCAAAAAUGGUUGACAUCAGUGGUAAACCCGUGUCAGUGCGGAUAGCCUGCGCUGUUGGCAGGGUAUGGGUGGGCGCCCCUGUAUGUCAGUUAAUACGGGAUAAUGCGGUCAAAAAGGGGAACGUCUUAACGGUGGCCCAAAUCGCGGGCAUUAUAGCCGCCAAACAGACCUCAAAACUCAUACCCCUUUGCCAUCAGAUAAAUCUCGAAGACGUGUCGAUAGACAUGAGAGUGGAUGUCGAUAAUGAAGAGGUUGUGAUCGAGUCCAGGGUUAAGACUAGGUAUGGGACGGGAGUUGAGAUGGAGGCGCUUACGGCUGUCUCUGUGGCCGCCCUAACGGUGUAUGAUAUGUGCAAAUCGGUUAACAAUAGGAUUGUCAUCAAAGAGAUCCGUUUAGUGGUAAAGAGUGGCGGAAAACGAGACUUUCAUUUAUAA